AUUUGUUUUUGUUUGCAUGUGGUGACUUAAGUGUUUAGAAAUAUAUCUUAAAAUAGUUCGUAUAAUGCGCAGCUUGUUAUCGAAUCGCUACAACAAUAAACGCCGCGACUUUUACGAACGUUACGAAGCGGCUAGAGAACUCCAUCCCAGUUUGCCGCCCUACGAGCGUCCGGCGGAACCAGCCGAGCUGCAGGUCUUUAACCCCAACACCACCCAACGACGUCAUCUGUCCUACCGCCAGUUGGCCAAGUUGACGCAGGAGCAACUGGACAACGACACCUGGCUGUCCAGCAGCCAACUGUCCAUUGCGGUGCGCCGCGGAAUCGAGGGAAGAAACCACAAGGUCCUGAUGCCCCGCUACAAUCCGGAAAAGGCCACCCAUGAGUUUAGCCACAAUGGCAGGGCACGACGUGGUCGUCCUCCAACGGCAGCCACAGUAGCCAAAUUCGCAUCAGAUUUUGCUGUACAAGUCGGUGGAAUUCGCCCUCCUGCACCCGCUGACGAUGACAGUUCGUCGUCGUCGUCGUCGGAGGAGGACUUCGAGGUGGUAGAGUCCCCCAAGGAAUCGGAAGACACGGAUAGUGAGGGGCCUGAAUCGAAGGCAGCGGUGACCAGAAAAAGAUCGAAAAAGAAUUCCAAGAAUUCGAAUAGUAACGCCAGCCAAAACGUUACCCAGAACAUUAACCAGAACGUUAACCAGAACAUAGGCCAGUUCAUUAGCCAGUACAACAGCCAGAUCGCUAGCCAUAACGUUAGCUUUAACCAGACUUUUAACCAGAACUUUAGCCAAAAUUGGAACACAAAUUCGUUUCACAUCCAACAUUCCAGCCAAUCGCAGGUCUUUUAUCGCUAUUCCGACGAUGACGAGGACUACAACCCAUUCGGGGGGGCGCCCCAUCAACCAUCUUUUCGCUCUUUUAUUUGCCCGAUAGAAAGCUGCAAGCAAAACUUUGAACUACGCCGCACUUUGUACAAGCAUCAGCGCGAGGCCGGGCACCACAACUGGUCACACAAGUGCGCAAAGUGUGGCCAGGUCUUCCGCACAGCGGGCUUCAAACGCAUGCACUCCCCCAGAGCCUGCGAGCGCAAUCUGCUGAAGUUCAGAAUCUCGAAACCGAAUGAAGUUAAGCAACUUGGGCAAAGAACAAUGCCAGAAUAAAUCUGUCCUACCUCUCUCUCUCACUUUUACUGCCAUCCUGUUACACGGUGAAAAAGUAUUAUGA